AUGGCUCUUCUGACAGAGGGGGUAUCCCAUCAUACACCUCCGCCUGGAUCCCUGUCACAUCCGGACCAGAGGGGCAGCUGCAGGGGUGUCACCGGGGUGGACGUGCCCUGUCACGAGGCGACGCCGCCGGACAAGACAGAGGGCAAUAUGUGGACAAGCUGCUGUGAAUAUGCCAGUCAUUGUGAUGUGUUUGGGGCUAAAGGGGGAAUGCUGAGGAGACGAAAACGCACUGCGGCGUCGGCCCCGGUGCCAGUUGGCCCCUGGUCUCCUCCUCUUGCGGGGCACCUCUCACCAGUCAUCCAGCCGCCAUCUGUCCGGUUCUUCGGUCUCGACGCCCGCCUCAUUUGGUGGCACCGCAGGACUGAGCUGGAGAAGUGCUCUUAUCAGGCUCAUGUGGAGACUGUAAUUAGUCAGUGGGCUUUUGGAUGUACCAGCUGGGGUUAA